AUGCAGAUACUGGUGAAAAGGAAACAUUUAAUUGGAGCAGCGGCUGUAUCUACUCUGUCGAUCAUAAUCUAUAGUCUGUACAACAUCAAUUUCCACACACUGAUUUACGACAGAGAACAGCCAAGGCGGCGUCCACGAGUGCAUUGUGGAGGAGGUAGUCCAGUAGCCGUUGAUGGCGUCCCCCCGUAUGUCCCUGUACAGAAAGUCCUCUACGACAGAGACAACGUGCUGUAUGGAGACGUGAAGACCUCUUUGAUAGACCUAGGCCUCGGCCUCACACGGUGUAACGAUGAAGAUGGCGGGACCGUUCUGUGGGAGAACGGAGUCUCUUUCCGACAAUUUCUGCGUGAAGAUAAUUCGAGUAACAAGUUCUUCCUCUCUGAGUUCGAACCUUACAUACCGUUUGUACCAGAAGUGUUUUUCUUGGGACGUAAAGACAAAAUCUCGGAGUUCGAGAAGAGGCUGGCGUCCGGCACUACGGCCAACAAUGAAGCACAAGGGUUUGAGCGGAAGAUUAUUCUUUGGUGGCAGAACAAGAAAGCUGCAGCUCCAAUUUCUGAGCUUCGGCCCUUGAGAUUUUGUCCUGAUUUACCAUGUGUACUAACCUCCAAUAGAACAUUCACAGAGCGCAGUUCUGCUAUGCUGAUAAACAAUCAGUUCAUCAAAUCGCCACCUCCUACUCGGCGACCAGACCAGGUUAUGAUCUACUACCACAUCGAAGCUCCACUCCCCCACUACUGGUACACAGGCUCUCGGCUGAACAACCCGGCUUGGAACCACAUCUUCAACUGGACCAUGUCAUAUCGCUUGGACGCUGAUAUUUUCGCUCCUUAUGGCCUCAUCAGGAGACGAAAUCGUCCUCCGGAACGAGAUUAUUCAUCCAUAGUCGACAGGAAGACCGGUCUGGUCGCGUGGAUAGUCUCACACGUCAAUACCCAAAGCAGGAGAGGCGAGUAUGUGGAUGAGCUACAGAAGUACAUCCACGUCAGCAGAUAUGGCGGCGGCUACAAAAAGUGCAACAUACAGAAAGAUUACGAAUGUUUUGCUUCUAUAGGGAGAAAGUAUAAGUUCUACCUCAGUUUUGAAAAUGGGUAUUGUGAUGACUACGUCACAGAAAAGUUAUUCAAAUACUUUAGCCUAGACCUGAUACCUGUGGUGCUUGGAACGAGUGAUGUUUCCCGUCAUGCCCCACGAGGGGCUUAUAUAGAUGUGGCAGAUUUCCCAACUCCAAAGCAGCUCGCACAGCGUAUGCUUUAUCUCCACACACACACUGAUCAGUACAUUAAGAUGCUGAAAAUCAAGGACCAGUACUUUUCUGUAUAUGAAGACUAUAUACUUAAGCCACCGUCACGCCCCUUUAACGUGGAAUAUCUAUACGAAUCAGUGCCUUUCUGUCACAUAUGUCAUAGGAUUUGGAACCUUGAGAACUACACAAAAUCUAUUGCCGAUGUUCGAGAAUGGUUUCAGUUAUCUCACUGUUACCCUCCUGGAAAUGUGUCUGGAAUCAAUGGGUUUUCAAGUACUCCAGUACCGAGUUAGUUUAAACUGGAUGGCAGUACGUAAGGGUUACUUUGUCGUUAAACAAAAAAGCAGCAUAAUGUAUUUUCCUGGUACCAGACACCUCAUCGAGGACACAUGAUGCAAAGUUCUGCAAUGUUGCAAUUCAAACAGCAGGAUUAUAAACGUAGACAUUUUCAGAAGGUAUAGUAAAGCGAAGGUCCUGAAUUCCACUUUUUAGAACCUGUUACCGUUGUUAUCAUAUUUUCUAAUUCUUUACAUCAUUGUCUUUAUUUUUUACAAUUAUCAACCGUUGAAUGCUUCCAGGUUCCGCACUUGCAUUCUAAUCAAACAGAGACCAAGACUUCCGUUUUCAUUUUCUAUGAUAUAACUGUGUUUAUAUACUUUUAAGACAGCAUUUACUUGCUAUACAUGUACAAACAGGGAAACAGACAGGUGCUCUGAUGACACAAGUUAAGUCAGAACUGUUACAACUGAUUUUAUCGUGACGUUUUUCAAUGUAUCAGAGGCUGUCAUGCGUUUUUUUUUAAUGACAGACAGUGACAGUUGCUCUCCGGGAACCCUGGAUUCGAUGAUUAUAUUCUUACAAUAAUAUCGAUACCAACACA